CUUCUCUUCCUCCCUCUCCUCCAUCGUCCCUCGUUGCUCUUUUGCAUCCGUCUCUCCAGCGUCAAUAAUCAAAAGCAGCGAACUUCACAAUGGGCUUCUUCAUCGAUAAGAUCCCCACUGCCCUCUCGCCUAACCGCGACGGCCCCUUCAUCAAGGACGGCACCGGCUUCUCGCGCAUGUUUGCGCCCUCCUACAACUUGGUCGUCCUCUUCAUCUUCCUCUGCCUCACCGGCUACCACUUCUACAGCCUCCACUUCGGCAAGGUCCAUGGCGAGAAGCAGCCCCUUCUCGGAGCCACCGCCAAGCCCCUCUCCAAGGCUACCAUCUACUACCGCCGUGUCCGCUCGCUCCUCCUCUACCAGCCCGCUGGCCGCUACGCUGAGUCCUACGGCACCAUGCUCGCCAUUGCUUUCUACCUUGGCCUCAACCUUUUCUACCUGUUCUUCCACAACUCCACCCGCCACGUUACCAUCUUCGGUGACCGUCUCGGAUUCAUUGCUGUGACCAACAUGCCCCUUCUCUUCCUCCUCGGAGCCAAGACUGGUCUCCUUGUCCAGUGGACCGGCUGGUCGCAUGAGGGAUACAACAUUCUCCACCGUCACGUUGGCCGUGUUGUGUGCUCUGCUGCCGUCCUCCACGUCGUCUUCUACUCGCUCGCUUGCCCCAUCUCCGUCAUGGUCCACGUCACCACCAUCUUCGUCGCUCUCUUGGCCACCAUCUCGUUCGUCAUCAUCUUGAUCUCGUCCGUUGCUCCCCUCCGUGCCAAGACCUACGAGUUGUUCUUGUACCUCCAUGUCUAUCUCGUUGUUGCGAUCCUCCCCCUGUUGUACUUCCACUUUGAGCGUGUCCGCCCCUACGUUAUUGCCUCGGCUGUUGUCUUUGUCUGGGACAGAAUCAACCGUUUCAAGAACGCCCACCACGUCAUUGCCCACACCACCAUCCUUUCCGGCAACACCGUCAAGCUCUCGCUCGACGUCAACUCGACCUCGCACGAGAUCCACUGGAAGGCUGGCCAGUACGUCUAUGUGUCGAUCAGCAACCUCGCUCGCCAGCAGGCUCACCCCUUCACCAUUGCCUCGCCCCCCAACCCCAACACUCUUGACCUGAUCAUCCGUGCCCGUAAGGGUUUCUCCAAGUCGCUCUUCCUCUCCGAGGUUUCCGAGCACAAGGUUACCUUCCACGGACCCUACGGAACUCCCCCAUCGUUCGAGGGUGCCGACAAGGUCAUCUUGCUUGCUGGUGGUGCCGGUAUCUCGUACGCCUAUCCCGAGGCCAUCGAGCUUGCCUCGUCGACCGGCCACUACGCUGCUGCCAACCCCGAGGUUGACUUCUUGUGGGUUGUCCCCUCGCGUGACUUUGCCACCUGGGUCGACCUCAAGGAGGACUACAACGUCGACUUCAAGAUCUGGGUCACUGCCGAGCAGGGACGUCCGGAUAUCAAGAAGUACGUCAAGGACUCGAUCAUCGCCGCCGGCCCUGGUGCCCGCGUCUGCAUCGGUGUCUGCGGCCCUGCUCCUCUUGUCCGCGACUCGCGCAAUGCUUCCUCUGAGAUGCUCUGGGAGGGCAACAACGUUGCUUUCUACUCUGAGAACUUCGGAUGGUAAGCGGUGUGGCGAUGAUGCAUUUUUCUCUCAUCAUUUAAAAAUGGUUGGUUUAUAAAGACUCCUUUUUUCUACUUUUUUUCUAUAUAUAAUCGGGGGGGGUUUUACAGGUGUGGAGGCAUAUACCGCGGUGUUUUUUUCUUUUUUCAAAGAUGAAAUGAUUUUAUUUUUUGAUCUUUCUUCUUUCUUUAUCACACGCGAUCACUUUUUUUUUUCUCUUCUUUCUACCCACUUCUUUUCAGCUUGAUGUUUUUCUGAGAAGAAAGAC